CAAAUUCUUCCUUAUUCAUAAUCGCCCAAAUGUAUCCGUUCAAAUACAUCAAUACAUUAAUAGAAGACUGCGUUUGUAAGUAAUGAUUAAAUCAAAACAAGAUGAAAACAAGCAUGGUUAUUAUUUUCCUGAUUUCACUUAAAUCAACUUUACAGUAUUCAUCUAAAUGUACAUCAAACAAUGAGUGCAGAUGUAUUCCACUUACAGAUGGACUUUUAGCUGACUGUUCAAAUUUAGGAUUACUAAGGUCGCCUAAGUUUAUGGAAAACGUAAUAUCUGUCAAUCUAAGUUCUAACGUUUUAACGAGUUUACCAAGCGAUGAAAUCCUACCCGCAGGAUUAAAAUAUCUAGAUCUGUCAUCUAAUAAAAUUUCGAAUUUCAGUCAGGAUGGGUUACCUCCAUUUGUAUCAUUACGAGACCUGAUCAGUCUUAAUUUGUCGAAUAAUGAGUUUCCCUUAGACAGCUAUACAUACUUUCCAGGAGUUUUUAAGAAUUUAUUUGACUUGCAAAUAUUAGAUAUUUCUAAUAAUUCAAAUGAGAAUAGAAGCUACUUUUGCCCUGAUGAAGUUUUUAUUGAUCUACGUUCACUGACAAAUUUGAACAUUGACGGUGUUAAAAACGUAUCAUUUGGGAGCAAAUUUUCUGUUCUUCAUAACUUGACUAGUUUAAAAGUAACAGGUCUUGCUGCUCGGGGUACAAUACAAAAAGACAUGUUCCAACACUUACCAUUCAUAAGAUUUCUAGACCUUUCUUCUAGAACAGAAUGGAGGAAUAUAGAAGAUUUUGCUGUCUUAGUAAUAGAGCAGGGAACAUUCAAAAAUCUUUCGCAUCUAGAAGUUUUAGAUAUAUCGUAUAAUCGUAGACUCGGAUUGUGUGGAUUUCGCAAUGUUUCUUAUGAUCUUCCGUUUACAUCUAUUCAGAUAUUCAAGGCUCAAUAUCUUACAUGCGAACGAGAUGGAAGUUCUUGGUUGCUAACGAGUGAUAUUAAACCGUUAAAUGAAACAAAGCUAUUGGAACUAUACAUCGAUGGAAAUAAUUUGGAUAAAGCCGAGUUAACAGCUAAAUUCUACUUACCCAGUUCCUUGAGAGUUUUAAGUGUAACGGACAACAGAUGGGUUGUUGAUGAAUAUGCCUACUAUCAUACGUUGCUAAAUUUAAAUAGUCUAACAACGUUUGACGCAAGUUUUCAAAACAAGCAUCAAAUGUCGCAUUCACACAAUUCUAUUCGUUGCAACCAUUGGCAAUCGUUAAAACCGAUGGAAUGUCUUUGCUACAGAUUGCAGGAUAAGACGAUUAUUGACUCACAAGUCAAAUCAAUAACUCUUAAACAGGAGAUAACGACAAAAAACAUUAAACCAAUCACGUCAUGUAACAAUAUUUUUUCUGAUUACACUAUUGCAGCGAUACCACCAAAUGUAAAGACAGUUGUUCUUGAAAAUGCAAGGAUAGGGUAUUCUAUUGUUCCUAUAUUUUUUGCAAAUAAAUCGAUAAGAAAAUUAAUCCUUCGAAAUAAUCAGUUAUAUUCAUUCAAUGGACCGAUGUGCAACUUGACAAAUCUGGAGUAUUUAGAUCUUUCAGGAAACCGCGCGUGUGAAAUAACACCCUAUGUUUUUGGAGCUCUACCAAAACUUAAAGUAUUAUUGCUUGAUAACAAUGCUCUCGGCAACUCGUAUAUAUUUCAGAAAUACGAUUCAAUCUCUAUAUUAGAAAACCAAACAAAUUUAGUUUCAUUAAAUAUGUCAUCAAAUAGACUUUCCGUUUUGUUUCGAGAUUUCUUCAAGAAAUCUACCAGCCUCAAAUAUGUGUACUUAGAUCAUAAUUUAUUUGUAGACUGGAACGUCUCGGUCGAACAUAUCAAUGACCUUGAACUAAUUGACCUUAGCUGGAAUGAAAUCUUAUACUUGUCUCAAUCUGGAAUGGGUUUAUUGGAAAAGUCGUUCUCUACCAAUAUAACAAUUAAUUUGUUGAACAAUCCUUUGCAGUGUUCAUGUGAUUCUGCAGAAUUUUGCCAAUGGAUAACAACAUACAAGUCACAUUUCAUGUCUUUUGGCAAAUACAGAUGCAGUUAUAAAGGAAGAAAUUAUCCUAUAACGGACGUAAAUAACAUUUUAAAGAAAGAUUGUUCAUCCUACGUCGGACUAAUAGUGCUAUCCGUGGUUCUGAUCGUAACCUUUAUAGUUGUAAUUUGUUCAUUGUUGAUUUACCGUUUUCGUUGGAAAAUUCGUUAUUGGUAUUAUGUUAUGAAAGGAGCGUACGGAUAUCAUCGUCUUGAAACCGAGGAUCACUAUCAAUUUGACGCAUUUGUAUCAUACGCGGACAGCGAUCGACACUUCCCUAAAGAUGAGAUGGUGGACUACCUGGAGAAGCAAAGAAAUUUCCGGUUAUGUAUUCAUCACAGAGAUUUUAUAGCAGGAUGUGGAAUAGCAGAAAAUAUCACAAAUGCUAUUCACAACAGCAGAAAAGUUGUAUGCGUACUCUCGGAUGAUUUUCUUCAAUCCGAAUGGUGCAUGUAUGAAUUUAAUAUUGCUUUGAUAGAAAGGACAGUCGCAAGGCACGAUCAGAACAUGAUAAUUAUGCUCAGAUUAGGUCGAUUGCAUGCAAAGAAUAUCCCCUCAGAAAUAAUGUACAUAUUAAAAGAGGAUACUUAUAUAGAAUAUCCCGAGAACGAAGACGAUAGAGGUAUAUUCUGGGAUGAUUUUGCUGACGCCUUAAAUUCAUAAACGAUACAAUAUCAAUGUCUUAUAAAUGAAGUUCAUAGACAUUAAUAAUAAAAGAUCUGUUACCAAGGAAUAUUUUAGGACUAAUUGGCUGAAAAGGUUUCGAGAUCAUAUAUUUGAAAAUAUAGGACAUCGGACGGUGUAUAUGUGUUUGAAUAACGUUCACCUAAAGAAGCGAAAUUUGAAGUUGAAAAUAAGAAAAUAAUCGGAUAUGUGCGUUUACAAGGAAAAAUAUCACUUCACAAAAAAAAAUCAUUUUGAUUAAGACUAUCGUUAUACUGUCUCAAUUUCACAACUCAAUUGUGACAUUUUAACUUUCGUCUACAUCAAUAAAUGAGUUUUACACUUUUACAAAUUGCUUAUGUUCCUGGCUUUGGAUUGCUGAUCAUUUAGACUGUCUAGUUCUCUCUAUCUUCUCUAGUUUUUGCUCAAAACACAAUAUAGGGUAAAACAAUCCUCGUUUAUGGGCAAUCACUCCUAUAAAGAGUGACAGUCUACGAACUACAGUCAAACCUGCCUUAACGUUCACCUCGUUUCAGCGAUCACCUGCAUCUAACGGUCACUUUUAGACCCUCCCAAACGUUAUAUCUAUAUAAUUUUACUCGUUUCAGCGGUCACCUGUCUAACGCGGUCAGCGGUUACCUAAUUUUCACACGGAAUCGUCUUUUUAACUUUUAACAACGGUCAUUUUCAUGUUUUAACAACCAAAUAUAUAAUCAUGACGGAAAGUAUAUGUGUUUAGUAACGAGGUCAAAAUGAGAAUUGGAAACCGUUUGCAACCGAGAUCGCGCAAAAAAAGAUGAAUUUGAGAAUAAUUUCUCGUCUUCCACUCCUUUAAGUUUCCAUUGAAACUGUAUUAUCGACUUAUUUCUCAACGAAUAUGAACUAUUUCGAACGUUUUCUUCAAAUUUAGAGCACUGCAAUCCGCCAUUUUUUUUUAAUCAAUGUCGAAUUCUUUCAGCAUUUAAUCGAUCUAUCAUAAUUUUUAAGAUAUAAGGCAAAACGCAAAAAAAAUGGUAAAAAUUCGUCAUCAAAGGUCAAUAACUUUAAUAAGGAGUUGACUAACGAUUUCAUCCACUAGAAUGUAGAAUUUGUAUUGCUGAUCAUUUUUGCGAUAUAGAGUAUCUCUCUAUCUAUUAUAGUUUUCAAGAUAAUAGUAAAAAUUAAAAAUAAAUAAUGGUAAAACUUGUCAUUUAAGAGCAAUUAUAACUCCUAUAAGAAGUCGCAUGACAGUUUUAACUUAUAUGGAUAACUGGUAGAUCUCAACAUUCUGAACAUUUCUGCCCAUGUCAGAUUUUCUCUAUUUAAAACACUGGUAAUGUUAAAUUAAACUUCCAACUAAGUAUGCUGGUAAUUUGAAUUUGUUGCUUGUUAAUAUUUAAAACUUCCAAGAAUUUAUAAAAGAAUGUUUUUAUAAUAAAUUUUGAUAGAAAGGCCUU